AUGCCAAUACUGUACACCGGCAGUCUACCCGUCGCCUCGCCUUUGCAGGUCACCCGUGGAUUUUCAAAGGUCAGCAAUGGUGAAUUGUUGUCCCGCAUCAUCAUCACCGGAUGGGAUCGCAGGACGGCGAUAAAUGUCGCAGGUUAACAAGUUGUAGCCCUUGCUGAUCUCCUUCGUCAGCCAAUUCUUUCUUGUACAAGUACUCGCACGAGAUCAAGGAUCGUGUCGAGCGAAGGGUCGAGGCACGUGGAAAGGGAAUCUCGGUGAAGGACCUCGACGUGGUGAAUUCGCAUACUGCAGCCGCUUCAUUAUGUAGGAGGAGUGAUAGCUCUUGUAAUGGACGGUGA